AUGCAAGAGAGAAGGCUUAAAAUGCAAGCCGAUUUGGAGAGGAUGACUCAAAGGAUGGAAGAGUCUGAUGCAGAGGAGUAUGUGUACUCUGAGGAAGAGUCUGAGAGCGAGAGAUUGAGGGAGGAGAGGAGGACCAAGAAGAGGAAUGACCCCAUUAGUAGUGAGAGUGAGCAAGGGGAGUUUGAGAUUGGAGUGAACCUUGUUCAAGAGGAGGGUAAUGGCUCUCCAAGUGAAGAAGGAAGUGAUGAGACUGAGAGUGAAGAGGAAGGAGAAGAGGUGAAUCAGUUGGUUGAAGAGAGUGAGCAAGAGAGUAACCAAUGUGAACCUAUGGAGGAGGUUGAGCCACAAGAGGAGGAAGAAGAACUCCCUAUGUACCAAGAGCACUACAAUGCCCUUUUCUCCAUGGACUUUAUGGAGACCAAGUACCCACAUGUUGACACAAUGAAGGCCCUUGGAAUCUUUGAAGAUGUGGAGCUAGUUCUCAAGAACAUGCACUUGGCCAAAUUCUUCUCUUAUCACAUGGAAUCCAACAAGGAGCUCACUUGCCAGUUCUUAGCUUCAAUGAGGUACCACAUGUACGAUGAGGAAGAUAGAUUGGGAUGGAUCACGUUCUUGGCUAAGGGAGAGAAGAGAAUGGUGACCUUUAGGCAGUUGGAGAUCUUAUUUGGGUUCAACUAUGGAGAAGGUAUUGAGUGGAACUUCAAGGAAAGUGAACUCCAGAAGGGUUUGGGCUACAAUCGCUGA